AUGAUGGAACCUCCACCUUGUUCGAAAAAGAGCCUGUCUCUGUCGUUACCGGUUCCAAGGGAAGGACAGGCAACCCUUAAGCCUCCGCAGCAUCUCUGGCGACAGCCACGGACCCCCAUCAAAAUCAAACACCGCGGUUAUUCUGACACGGACCGGCAUCACCACCGGCAGAUUGAGCGCUCAAAUGCUAUGGACACGAGCGACAGACCGGGGCUUAAGAAGUCCCGAAUGUCCUGGCCAUCCUCUUUCCACGGAACGACCAGCGCCUCAAUAGGCAAUUGUGCGGGAACUAAACGUUUCGAUUCAGAAAAUGGGCCCUCUCCUGGACGAAGCCCCAUGGAUUCGCAGGCGAGUCCUGGGCUGGUACUACAUCCUUCUUUUCCUCAGAGUCAGAGACGCGAGUCCUUCCUCUAUCGCUCGGACUCCGACUAUGACAUGUCUCCGAAGACCAUGUCACGCAACUCCUCCAUUAACAGUGAGGGUCAUGCUGAGGAUCUCAUAGUCACCCCUUUUGCUCAGGUGUUGGCCAGUCUCCGAACUGUAAGAAGCAACUUUACCAUUCUCGCCAAUGUCACCUCACCCACUAACAAGAGGUCGCCGAUGACAAGCCAACCCACCGUUCCCCCAGCAACGCUCUCUGAGGAGACAUAUCAACAGCUGGCCAGGGAAACACUGGAGGAACUGGACUGGUGUCUGGAUCAACUGGAGACCAUUCAAACCCAUCGCUCUGUCAGUGAGAUGGCCUCCAACAAGUUCAAGAGGAUGUUAAACAGGGAACUGUCUCAUCUGUCGGAGAUGAGUCGCUCGGGCAACCAGGUGUCUGAAUACAUCUCUACAACCUUCCUAGAUAAGCAGAACGAGGUGGAGAUUCCAUCCCCUACACUCCGGGAGCGAGAGAAGCCCAUGUGUCACAUCAGUGGUGUUAAGAAGCUCACACACAGCUCCAGCCUGACCAACUCUGCUCUGCCUCGUUUUGGAGUCAAAACUGAACAAGAGGAUUCACUGGCCAGGGAGCUGGAAGACUUGAAUAAGUGGGGCCUUAAUAUAUUCAGAGUGGCUGAAUACUCCAAUAACAGACCACUCAGUUGCAUCAUGUUUGCCAUCUUCCAGGAAAGGGAUCUGUUGAAGACUUUUCGGAUCCCCGUCGAUACCUUCAUAACGUAUGUGAUGACGCUGGAGGAUCAUUACCAUGCCAACGUGGCCUACCAUAACAGCCUCCACGCGGCUGACGUCACGCAGUCCACUCACGUCCUCCUCUCCACGCCCGCUCUGGACGCUGUGUUCACCGAUCUGGAAAUCUUGGCUGCGUUGUUUGCCGCGGCUAUUCAUGACGUGGAUCAUCCUGGAGUGUCCAACCAGUUUCUCAUUAAUACCAACUCGGAGCUUGCCCUGAUGUACAACGAUGAGUCAGUCUUGGAGAACCACCACCUCGCCGUGGGCUUUAAGCUGCUUCACGAGGAGAACUGUGACAUCUUCCAGAACCUGAGCAAGAGACAGCGACAGAGCCUGCGAAAGCUGGUCAUCGACAUGGUGUUGGCGACCGACAUGUCGAAGCACAUGAGUUUGUUGGCGGACCUGAAGACGAUGGUGGAGACGAAGAAGGUGACCAGCUCCGGAGUGCUGAUGUUGGAUCAUUACACAGACAGAAUACAGGUUCUAAGAAACAUGGUGCACUGCGCUGACCUCAGUAACCCCACCAAGCCUCUGGCAGUAUACAGACAGUGGACUGAGCGCAUUAUGGAGGAGUUCUUCCGACAGGGAGACAAAGAGAGAGAGCGUGGGAUGGAAAUCAGUCCAAUGUGUGACAAACACACUGCAUCUGUGGAGAAAAGUCAGGUUGGUUUUAUUGAUUACAUUGUGCACCCAUUGUGGGAGACCUGGGGGGACCUGGUACAUCCGGAUGCUCAGGAAAUCCUGGAUACUCUGGAAGACAACCGUGACUGGUACCAGAGCACCAUCCCGCAGAGUCCAUCUCCUCCCCCCGACGGCACCGACAACGAACUGGACUCCUGCAUAGACAAGUUUCAGUUUGAGCUGACACUGGAAGGAGAGACUUCUCAAGAGGAAGACAAACCAAACCAGAACCACGUGGGGAACAACAGCUGUGAGGCAGAGGAGAGAGACAGAAAAGGAGAAGGGGGAGGAGGAGGAGGAGGAGGAGGAAGAGAAAUAGUGGAAGAAGGAGAGGAGAAAAUGGAAGAAGGAGGUGAGGAAGUGACGGAGGAGGUGGUAGGGAGAGUAGGGAGGAGGAGACUGCAGGUUCAGUCAGUGGUUGUAGAGGAGGAUGAGAGACAUUCUGAUGGGAGUCCGGUGGAGGAGGCUGAGGAAGAGGAGGAGUCUUCCUCGCCGGCCGAUGACACAUGA